UUCUAGAAUAGAUAGUAGUAUCUUAAAAAAUUCGAUUUCGUUAAAGAAAAAUUAUUCAAGCUGUUGACAAGUAAUUAAUAGAAAGUCAAACUAUGGAGGUAGAAACUUUAUGCUCUAAAUUAAAAGGUGAACGUCCACCUGUUGAAAUAAUUGAACAUAAAUCAAGAAAACGAACAAACCAAAUUCAAAAAACCAAUUAUUUAAAGUCUAAUACUUCAAAUUCAAAAAUUGAUGAAAAAGUUAAUUUAAGGAAAUUACAAAAUGAAAUACUUAAAUUUACAACUCAUUUUGAUGCAAGAAAUACUAAAGCAAAAGAACAGCUUGCUAUUAAAUUGGGAGCAAAACCUAGAAAAAAGGAAAAUUUAAAUUAUAAGCAAUUAAAAGAAAAAUUAAAGCAAGAAACUGAAGCAAAAAAAAUCAAGAACAGCUUUUUCAAUUACCAAAAACAAUGGUAAGGACAUCAAAAACUC